AUGAAGGUUCUAUUGUUCAUCUCUGCACUGGUUGCAUUCAUCCCAGCUAUCCUUGCUGCAGCUGUGCCUCUUGAAUCCCGACAAGUUGGUGUAUGGGGAAAGCCUACUGAUGUUGCUGUCUUCUACUGCUAUAUGGAUGGUCAAUGCAUUGCAGCACGUCGAUUAUGGCAGCACUGUCAAACAGAAAUAUUCGAGUCUAAUGCUCCAGCUAGCAAUCCCGAAGUCCGCAAUGAAUUGAUCGCCUCGUGUCUUUGUGGAGCCAACUAUGUUGGAUUACUAAACCAAUGCCUUUUUUGUGUCAGUCUUGCGGGCCCGAGUAUGUUGGUCCGCGAUACCCAGACUACUUCUGCUCAGGAAAUGUGCGACAAGAAGGCAACUCUCUCUCAAUAUGAAAAAAAUUCAUUCCAAUUUGGUACAUCCUUGCAAUUUCCGCUCAUUUUGCCAUCUCUUUGGAUCGGUGGUACCAAUCUUACAUAUCUCGAUCAAAUACUCAUUGAGUAG